GAUAAAAACCUAACUACAUUUCUAAUAACCUAAUUAAAAAUACAAUUAUAAUCUGUAUCCAUAAACAUGUAUGUAAAAUAAUUAAAAUUAUCCAUUUCACAAUAAAGAUUUCAUUAACAAUGUUACGUUGUGUUUCCUACAUAUGUGUUGGCCUCAUCCUAUUUCAAGUGGCCAUAGCAAGACCGCCAACAUAUCCGAAAAUGGAAGAUAUCUCACAAAAACCAAGAUCCGCUAGAAAAUCAAGUGAUACCAUAGAUUCAUCUAAAGAAAACUCCUUGGAGAGCGUCGUUCUGGCCAUAGACACGGGUGUCAAAAAGUUUAUGGCGGGGAAAACGAAACCUAGCAACAUUGUCGAUGAUGUUGCCAAGCAAUUAUUGAAAUAUGCCAAAAAUAGCGGUAAACCGGUCUACAAACGAUCUGGUGUACAAGAUUAUAAUAUUAAACCAGAGCUUAUACACUUGCAAAGCAGCGACAAACCCUCAGUUGUUUUGGAAAUUAACUCGAAAUCUAUAGUAAACGUCUUGAAAGAUCUUUUGCAAUCGAAAUCAGUUCAUGAGUACAUUGAUCCCUACACUAAAAAGGCUGCGGUGAUAUAUCGGGCUGUCAGAGAUGAAUUGGACAAGUCUGAAGCAAACGAAAUGCGAAAUACGGAGUAAAACAAUAAAGAUUAUCACGCCGCAAAUGGCGUUAGUGAAA